CUAAGAUGUGUUGACUACUGCGCCAUCUGACGGUCUGUAAUAAAACGAAUUGUUUGAGUUGAAUGUCUUUGGUGUUUCUACCUCUUAUGUGCUUCAAGGAUUUACUUUUAGUGCAGUUUGAUUUACCGUUUUCUAUGUACAAUAUUCGAAAGUUCGACUACAUUGUCCAUGAUGUCUUUCCUUUUUAAAGACAUUAGAAUCUGAUUUGAGGGAGAUUUGGUUGCUGCUUCUAGCAGGUCAUACAACCAUGUAAAUGCUCCCUCGUUUGCUUGAAGAUGAAUUAGAAAUAGCUAUGCCUGCUUCUACAUCCUUGUUUCAAAUCCCAGUAGAGACAGCUUUGCUUUUCAUCCCUUCAACAUCAGCAAAUUGAGAUGUUUUUGUGAGACCUGUUACCAUUUCAAGAACACCAGUUAUAACUUCCUCUUUUUCGAGAAAGACAAAGGAUCCAUCAACCCAACAGAGCUUUUUUUUCAAUCAUUGUGUUAUAAAAGACGUGGUUAGGCACAACAAGGGAGAUAAUACUUCCACUAUACAGUAAUUCUCUCCCUUGGUUGCCAACCACGGCACUGUUGAUGUUGCACUAGCCAUGACGAUCAUGGAAGAUCAAAUAGAGUUAACUGAGGGGUGUCGCCUCCCCGUACUGCUAAAGAAUGGUGAAGGCUGGCAUUCGGCGGAGAUCCUUAGCAAAAAAGAAGUCGGUGGUAAGCCGCUCUACUAUGUGCAUUUCGACGAUUUUAAUAAACGACUUGAUGAAUGGGUGCCAGAAGAAAGAAUGGACUUGACUAAAGUUGAGAUGGCUAAAAAAGAUUCCAAAUCAGCCAAAAAAGAUUCUAAAACUGGUGAAGAAAAUAGUCGCCCUAGUACUCCAGAGAGAGAUGCACUUCCUGUGGUUGCAGCUCAAUUAGCAAGUCUACCACCAGUUGCAAGCCCUAUACCGCCUGUAGUGUUGCAGACUCCUGCAGGCUCUCCCGAUACAGACAUUAAUAUGUCUAAUGGCUUUGCUCGACAGAAAGUUCCAGCAAAUGGCUCUCUACAGAAACAGAAGUCUACUCCAGGAAGGAAACGGAAAUCAACUUUGGAAGAAGAAGCUUGCACCCCUCUGACCCCUCAAACAGAAUUACUUCCAGUCACUUCUGAGAGUGGUCAGCCCAAGUUACCACGUCAAACAGGCAGCAUGGUGGCCCACCACGAUGACUUUAUCACUCGCAUGAAGAACAUUGAAAUGAUUGAAAUCGGCAAGUAUCGUAUUGAACCUUGGUACUUCUCACCUUACCCUCAGGAACUCACUCAGCUACCCAUUGUCUAUAUCUGUGAGUAUUGUCUCAAAUAUGUGAAAAGCAAUAAAUGUCUCCAACGACAUCUGUCUAAGUGCUUAUUGCGACACCCACCUGGCAAUGAGAUUUAUCGCAAGAACCAUGUUUCUUUCUUUGAAAUUGAUGGUCGUAAAAACAAGACUUAUGCGCAGCAUCUCUGUCUGCUGGCUAAACUGUUCCUCGAUCACAAAACUUUAUAUUACGACACAGAUCCAUUUUUGUUUUAUGUUCUCUGUGAAUUGGAUUGUCGUGGUUACCAUAUAGUUGGUUAUUUUUCAAAGGAGAAAGAAUCUAGCGAAGACUACAACGUUGCUUGCAUCCUUACCCUUCCCCCUUACCAAAGAAAGGGAUACGGCAAGUUAUUAAUUGAGUUCAGUUAUGAGCUUUCUAAAUUUGAAGGCAAGACAGGCUCUCCUGAAAAACCGCUUUCGGAUCUGGGUUUACUUUCGUAUCGCAGCUACUGGUCACAGACCAUUCUCGAUAUUUUGAUAAACUUAAAACCAAAUGAAGCGGGUGAACCGCCCAGCAUCACCAUCAAUGAAAUCUCUGAGAUGACGAGCAUCAAAAAGGAAGACGUCAUUUCAACACUACAACAUCUUAACCUUAUAAACUAUUACAAAGGACAGUAUAUCAUUACAUUAUCACAUGAACAGCUGGAAUCACAUUUCCGUGCGAUGGAGAAGAGGAAAACCUUUAUAGAUUCAAAAUGUUUGCAUUGGCAACCAAAAGACUGGAGUAAACGCGGGAAGUGGUAAUUGAUUUUCACUUUCUGAUCCUCCACCACCCCCAACUUUCUAUUGCUCACUGCUCCCAUCAUUUUCUUUCUUCUGCUCUUAAUCUUUUUAGCUAUUCACUAUAGCAUCUACAACAUCUUGAAACUGAUGUCGGUAGUUUGUGAUUAGCUGGCUGUGAGAAAGAUAGCUACCUGCUUCAACCACAUUUAGCUGUUAUUAUGUCUGACCUGAAAAAUGCCUUUGUAUACUUUUGUGCAAAGUGUUAACUAAAACAAAAAAACGUUGAAUUUGCUUAUUGAUACCUAUAUGCUUGCAUGCAUGCGUGUAUGUAUGUAUGUUCCUAAUAGAUGUUUAUAUUUGUGUAUAAAUGAUAAAAAGUAGAAAACAUAUGCAGAGAAACACACUGAUAAUGAGUUUUUUUAUUGUUUUAUUUGAAUCAUUCUUUUGUAUGUGGAUUGGUGAGUCUCUGCGAAGAAUUUUUCUUGUUGAUGUUUGAAUAUAAUACUUGUGUAUGCAUAGAUUAUGUUUAUAUAUGCAUGAAUUAAAAAUGUUUGUGUAUGAGUGUAAUACAUACACAUAGACAUAUAUACUGUAUUUUGAAAUAAUAGCAUGAAAUUCAGUAUCAAAAAAUUCUUCACAAAGAUAUAUAUGUCUAAAAUAGUAUUGUAUUAAAAGCAUAUAUAAACAUAUGAAACAUGACCACUUAAGAAUUUGUUAAUUAAUGCAUCUUACAGUCUUUUCACAAAAGUAUUGUCAUUAUAAUAUCAUGUUUCAUAUAUUUUUAAUACAAUACUAUUUUAGACAUAUAUAUCUUCGUGAAGAAUUUUUCGAUACUGAAUUUCAUGCUAUUAUUUUUGGUAUUGAAUUUCAUUCUAUUUCAAGAUACAGAAUAUAUAAUCGCUCGUAUUAAUGUCUAAAUAAUUUUUUAGUAUUAAUAUAUUUGACAUUUUAUACAAAGCGCACUCAUUAUGAAUUCAGUGUAUAAUAUUCUAACAGAAUAUAUUUAAUUAAUGAUACAUAUAGACAUAGCCGUAGCUGUGUGGUAAGUUAGCUUUCUAACUACAUGGUUCUGGGUUCAGUCCCAUUGUGUGGCACUUUGAGUAAGUGUCUUCUGCUAUAGCCUCAGGCUGACUAAAAUCUUGUGACUGGAUUCGGUAGAUGGAAACUGUAAGAAGCCCAUCAUAUAUAUGUGUGUGUGUGUGUGUCAUUAUGUCUGUGUUUGCUCCCCACCAUUGGUUGACAAUUAGUCUUGGUGUGAUUUUGUCCCUGUGACAUAGCAGUUUGGUAAAAGAGACUGAUAGAAUAAGUAGCAGGCUUUAAAAAUAAUUCAAGUCACUGCUCCAGCAUGGCUGCAGUCAAAUGAUUGAAAAAAAGAAAGAAAAAGACUAUAUGUUUGUCUGUGUAAAUUUAAGAAUCAAAGACUAAAGUGACCCCAAAUCCAAAGGGGAGUCUGUAUGCGUUAAAAAUAACUAUAGAGCAAAUAGUUAUAGUUUAUUGAUUUCUUUUAUUGGCAAAAAACUCUGCUUUUGCUAAUUUAGCAGCUCGUCAGAAACUACUUCAUCUGAGCUGUAAUAUUAGCAGAGUUUCUUUACUAAAACGUUACAUCUUCAAAUUAUAUAUCUAUGUGUGUAUGUGCCUGUAUACAUUUACAUACACAUAUACACACUGUGUGUGUAUGUGUACAACUGUAGAUGAGCAAUGUCAAACAAAUGGUAAUUUUCAUCAGACAUGGUCCGACAGAGCAGUGCAUUUAUUUUCAGACAGUUUCUUUUUUUUUUUCUAAGAACUCCUCCAAUCACAAAAGUAGGAUGUGUUCAUAUUCUAAACUAUGGUAAACGACACCAGAUUCCAUCACUUUGUUCAUCUAGAAAAAAUAAAUUUGUUAAUAUACCUCUCAGUAUAUACAUCAUA